UCCGCAGUGUUUUUAACCUGCUGACUUCACCGGAGAACUAACCAGACAUUUUACCCUCAGUUUCAGUCUCAUUUUUCCCUGUAAAAACAGGCCAGGCUAGACCUGUCGAGCAGUAUCCCCACCACCACCUUUCGUGGAUUUUCUCCCCUCUUCUUGUUUUCCCCCAGCAGCCAAAUAGUCUGGUGCAUGGACAGGAGAAAAGGGGGAAAACAAAAAUACACUUUGGCGGAUUGUUAGCCGAACAUCAGGAGAAGAUGUGGUGGAAGGUAUGAUGAUGAGGAGGAUUAUCUGUGUGUAUAACUAACAGACAUGCAGUGAGGUGCCCUGGUUUGUGGAUCCAGCCUGCUCCAGUCAUCGAGCUGAGGGGGAGAAAUUGGGAGAAGUCGUGUGGAGCACAAAGAGCUGAUUUUAAAGCCGAGGAUUUAACAAGUUUGAAGCAUGCUCCUCGUGUGCUGACAGAGGACUGAAGGUGGGAGCACUGUGGUGGGUUUCUGUUGCUUUCUGUGCAGACUUUCCACCAUUACGCAAAGUUGGACAAUCUGGGAGAAGUUCCCACUCUGCAACCAGCCAUAACACUUGUUAAUGGAGGUGCUGUAUUUGGCCAACGCCUUAUAUUCACUACUGACUGUAUGUGUUGUGGUUUUUAUUUGAUAACCGCACUUAGUCUAUGUGUAUUUUUCUACUCCAGCCUUUUGACCACAGAGUGAGGCUCUCUGUACUGAAGUCCACUUUAAAUGCGGACUGGUCUGCGGUCAGUGAGUGCACAGCCGAGCCUCCGCCGGUGCCACUUGAUCUUUAAUUUAAGGCGAGACAUAAGUCGGUUCAUUUUUGACAAUUUUCUGACCACACUAUGGAGCUGACAUACAUCAGCGUUGUCCUGCUGGGGUGCAUCUUCCUGGAUUGGGCUCCACUGGCUUCUGCAGAGGAAGAGGUGCUGAUGAACACGAAGGCAGAGACUUCUGAUCUCAAAUGGACCAUCUUCUCGCGUGCCAAAACCGAGUGGGAGGAAGUUAGUGGUUUGGAUGAGGAGAACAACAGUGUGAGGACCUAUGAGAUCUGCCAGACUGACAGCUCGUCCAGCCACUGGCUGCGCAGUGGCUUCAUCCAGCGAAGAAGUGCAUCUCACGUCUAUGUGGAGCUUCGAUUCACCAUGAUGGAGUGUUCCUCCAGGAGCACCCACCACCGCAGCUGUAAGGAGACCUUCAAUCUCUAUUACUACCAGGCAGACUCGAACGAGGCCACGGCUACUUACCCUCCGUGGAUGGAGAAUCCUUACGUCAAGGUCGACACAGUGGCUGCGGACUUUCUACUGAGGAAGGGUGGGGAGCAGAAAUUCAAUUUGAAGACCUUAAGGCUCGGCCCUUUAUCUAAGAGAGGCCUCUACUUGGCUUUUCAGGCUCAGGGCGCCUGCAUGGCCCUGCUGUCCGUCAGGGUUUUCUUCAAGAAGUGUCCUCCCUUGAUUAAUGCUCUUUCCUCUUUCCCUGAGACUGUCCCCCGCACUCUAGUUCAAGAGGCUGAGGGUGUGUGUGUGGAGUACGCCUCCCUGCAAGGGCCCCGACCUUGGCCACCUAAACUCUUCUGCGGGGAAGAUGGCCAGUGGGUGGGCCAGGCAACAACCUCCUGUGCCUGCCUACCGGGAUAUGAACCUGCUGAAGGAAACACACGAUGCACAGCCUGCACUUUGGGUCAGUUCAAGUCAGGUGCAGAGGGACAAUGCACAGGCUGUCCAGGAUUCAGCCACGCCCCCACCACGGGGGCAUCAGUGUGUGUGUGUCGACCUGGAUACCUACGUGCAAAAUCUGACACUCCCGACGCUUCAUGCACUAGACCUCCUUCAGCCCCACGCAGUAUUGUCACCCAGAUCAACGACACCACGCUCAGUCUAGAGUGGAACGAGCCGCUGGACAACGGCAACAGAGUAGACCUGAGCUACGCUGUCAGAUGCUUUGUGUGUAGGUCACCCAAAGGACCUUGCCUGUCCUGUGGAGACAGCGUCAGCUACCGCCCCUCGCAGGACGACCUGCUGGGUCGCAGGGUUGAGGUGUGGGGCCUGCUGCCUCACACCACAUACACCUUUACCAUCCAGGCGAUCAACGGGGUGUCUCAGCUCAGUGGCAAGGACCCUGCCAGUGAAAGUGUCAACAUCACCACAAGUCAUGACGUGCCAUCACUGGUGUCAGUGAUUCGGAAGAGGGACUCCACAGAGAGCAGCCUGACACUUCACUGGUCAGUCCCUGCCCAGCCACACUACACCAUCCAGAAGUAUCAGCUACGCUACUGCGAGAAGGAGCGGCGUAGCGAGGAUCAGUGCCUCUACACAGAGAGUGACAUAAACGAGGCUGUGCUGACAGACCUUCGUAGGGCCACUCAAUAUGAAGUGCAGGUGCGGGUGCGUACCAUGGCCGGUUAUGGCAGCUUCAGUCCUGCAGCCUUCUUCCGUACCCUGCCUGAUGGACUCGAUUCUUCCUCCCAGUUCUUGAUACCUGGCAUCCUUAUCGCUGUUGGGAUGUUGCUACUUGUCACUUUUGUCUUUGUGGCCGCUUACUGCAUACGCAGACACAGCCGAAUAAAGGAUCCAGAGCUGAGUGACAAAAACAGCCAGUACCUUGUUGGCCAAGGGGUCAAGGUGUAUAUCGACCCUUUCACCUAUGAGGACCCUAAUGAGGCGGUGCGCGAAUUUGCCAAGGAAAUCGAUGUUUCCUUUGUCAAGAUUGAGGAGGUUAUCGGAGCUGGAGAGUUCGGGGAGGUGUGUCGAGGACGGCUGAGGGUCCCGGGGAAAAAAGAAAACUACGUAGCAAUAAAGACAUUAAAGGGCGGCUACACGGACAAGCAAAGGCGAGACUUCCUGUCCGAGGCGUCCAUCAUGGGCCAGUUCCAGCACCCCAACAUCAUCCACUUGGAGGGGAUCAUCACAGCCAGCUGUCCAGUCAUGAUACUCACAGAGUUUAUGGAGAACGGAGCUCUGGAUUCUUUUCUACGGCUGAACGACAGCCAGUUCACGCCCAUCCAGCUGGUGGGAAUGCUGCGCGGCAUCGCCUCAGGCAUGAAGUACCUGGCAGAGAUGAGCUACGUCCACCGGGACCUGGCUGCCCGCAACAUCUUGAUCAACAGCAACCUGGUGUGCAAGGUGUCCGACUUUGGCUUGUCACGCUUCUUGCAGGAGAACUCCUCUGACCCGACUUACACCAGCUCUCUGGGAGGUAAGAUCCCAAUCCGCUGGACAGCACCGGAGGCGAUAGCCUUCAGAAAGUUUACCUCAGCCUCUGAUGUGUGGAGCUAUGGCAUUGUCAUGUGGGAGGUCAUGUCUUUUGGAGAGAGACCGUACUGGGACAUGAGCAACCAGGAUGUAAUCAAUGCCAUAGAGCAGGACUACCGGCUGCCCCCGCCCCCUGACUGUCCCACCCACCUGCACCAGCUGAUGUUGGACUGCUGGCAGAAGGACCGCUCAGCGCGUCCUCGCUUCGCAGACCUCGUCAGCGCUCUGGACAAGCUGAUCCGAAAUCCCGCAUCACUGAAAAUAGUGGCUCAAGAAGGAGCAGGGCCAUCUUACCCCCUGCUGGACCAGCGUGCACCUAUAGCCCUCUCGUCAUGCGCUUCAGUGGGGGAAUGGUUGAGGGCCAUCAAGAUGGAGCGCUACGAAGACAGCUUCCUGCAGGCCGGCUUCACCUCAGUGGAUCAGCUGGCCCAGAUCACCACACAGGAGCUGCUGCACAUGGGCGUGACACUGGCCGGGCAUCAGAGAAAAAUCCUCUCCAGCAUCCAGAUGAUGACUUUUCGGAACAAGAGCACUACAACUGUGACCUUCUAGCUCACCUGCCUCCUAAACUGGUGAUGAACACCAGCACGUGGGUGCAGCUAUGUACCGACAGCACUCUGGAUCCUCUGUUUCAACAUGGACUCCCAAGAGAGAUUGACAGAAAUGAUUAGUGGCCAGGGAAUUU